AGUAUGUUUUACAUUCAUUUUAAACCUGUACAGGAUGACCACUUCUAGUGCACCCUAGUGGUUAUUUUUAUACUGACCCUAUUGCAGAAAUUCCACCUUGAUCAGGUUUGCUCAGAGCCUGCCUCUAAGGUGUGACUUUAUAGCCAUGAGCGCAGAAACAGACCGAUAGCAUUGACUUGCACUAUAUAAAAUAUUAAGAUAUGUGGUGGGUUACAACAAACUAGCCAAUUAAAUGUAUUUUACAUCAGGAUAAUCAAAGUAAGCUGGCAGGAGUCUUCUUGUUUACAUUCCAUACAUGCAUAAGUGCAUGCAUACUUACAUACAUACAUUUGAUACACUUUUACAUGAAGCAAAUGCCUACAAACGUGCCACCAAAAAAGUUUUUGUCUUUCCUUGUUGGCAGGCUCGGGUUCUUGUGAAGCGAGGGGUGCUCAGUGAAUGAUGCCUAGCCCCUGCAUGGACUCGUUCUGGCCCAACAGCAGUGACCCCAGUCCAGGCUCUCCCCUGAACAGUACCUGGGACUUAGGGACCCAUGCAGACUAUGAUGAUGAGUUCCUCCACUACCUGUGGAGGGAGCAUCUCUUCCCCAAGCUGUAUGAGUGGGUCCUCAUCGUGGGCUACAUCAUCGUGUUUGUGGUGGCGCUGGCUGGGAACACCCUAGUGUGCCUCGCGGUGUGGAGGAACCAUCACAUGCGGACCGUGACCAACUACUUCAUCGUGAACCUGUCCCUGGCGGACGUGCUGGUCACUGCCAUCUGUCUCCCGGCCAGUCUGCUGGUGGACAUCACAGAGACCUGGUUCUUCGGACAGACGCUGUGCAAGGUUAUCCCCUACUUGCAGACGGUUUCAGUGUCAGUGUCUGUGCUUACGCUCAGCUUCAUCGCCCUGGAUCGCUGGUACGCAAUCUGCCACCCGUUGAAGUUCAAGAGCACGGCGAAGCGUGCCAGGAACAGCAUCGUCGCCAUCUGGAUCAUCUCCUCCCUCAUGAUGGUGCCGCAGGCUAUCGUCAUGGAGAAGGGCAGCAUGAUCCCUGAGCUGGCCAAUCGGACGAUGCUCUUCUCUGUCUGCGACGAGCACUGGGGCGCUGAGAUCUAUCCCAAGGUGUAUCAUGUGUGUUUCUUCGUGGUCACCUAUCUGGCCCCACUGUGCUUGAUGUUCAUGGCUUAUUUCCUGAUCUUCAGAAAGCUCUGGUGCAGACAGAUCCCAGGCACGACCACAGCCAUGGCCAGGAAGUGGAUUCCUCUGUCACGCCACGCUGCCAGUGCACAGCAGGGCACCCCCUCCUCCUCCUCGCACCGCUCCGUCGCCCUCAGUGCCGAGAUCAAGCAACUUCGCGCCCGCCACAAGACCGCCAAGAUGCUGCUCGUCGUCCUAUUGGUCUUCGCGCUCUGCUACCUGCCAAUCAGCGUUCUGAACAUUCUGAAGAGGGUGUUUAGGAGGUUUGAGAACUCAGAUGACCGGGAGGCUAUCUACGCCUGGUUCACUUUCUCCCACUGGCUGGUUUAUGCCAACAGCGCCGCCAACCCCAUCAUCUACAACUUCCUCAGUGGAAAGUUCCGAGGGGAGUUCAAAGCUGCAUUCUCCUGCUGUUUCAAAGGAUUCGCAUCGUGCCGGCGGAUCAACGUGCAUCACAUGACGCGGAGCACCAGCCAGAAAUCGCUGACCGCCAACAGCAAGUCCUACAACGUUUCCAAAGUGUCUGAGCACGUGAUUCUCACCAGCGUCACCACGGUUCUCAGCUAGCACCUAGGACCCUAGAACACGUGCUUGGAAAUUGAGCUGUUGGAACUGUUCAACGAUGGCUUCAAUUUUGCCUGAAUAGGGAAAUAUUUUUAUGUUGAAGGCGUUGUAACGGGUUGGGUGAAUUUACAAGCAUACUGAAACCACUGAGAAGGAGCUACAGUUCCAGAAAGCUGGCCAAAGCCCUUCCAUACAAACUGCCCUAUAAAACAGUAACUGAAUGCAUUUAGCGCCAUGUCAGUCCAAAACAUUCAGAACGGCAGGGAGAAGACUCAUUCCAGGAAAUGAUUGCCUGCUUUUCCUGAGGGGAGACAAACGUUCGCAAUAGGGUUUAACAUUGAACUCUAACCAACCAGAAACAGCACCUCACUGCCCGGGAUAAAUGUACAGUUAA